AUGAUAUAUCUUAACUCGAAUGAAGACUAAACUCAAAUUGUGGACUAACAAAAUGAUUACGAAGAUGAGAACUAUCUAGAAGAAGCGUGCGAAAAGAACAACUAGUAAUAUAAUGACUUCGAUAGUCAUAUUAGUUUCAGUGGUGAGAGUCUUUCAAUUCAAGUCAGGCUAGAUUAGCCUAUACAUGCCUAAGAUCCUAACCAGUAGCAAAAGUUAGAUAAAACCGAUUGCCAAAGUCUCGAAAAAAAUGAUAUAACACGUGGAAUUAAUAUCAACCCAUUUAAUUAUUUUUUUAGUGAUUUAAACAAUUGCAAAAAUUAGUAACUUGGAAAUAAUUGUCAGAUUUAAUUAGAACCGGCCCCGGAAUUUUCAGACCAGAAUCAUUUAAUUGAAGAAGAUGACUAUGAUUUUCUAGAAAAAAGUGAUACCUCCUAAUUAUAAAUUUCUAGAAAAGAUUCCCUAAAAUAAUCGCGUAAAAAGGGCAGACCCUAUAAAGGCAAAUGCGCAAAUCGCGAGGGAAGAGAAGACAUGGUCGUGGAAAAAAGAGCGAUUUUCAGAGCUCUCAAGAACAUAAUCUAGAAAGAUUAUAAGGAAUUUCUUAGCAUUUUAGAACAACAAAUUUAGUAACUAGAAAAUGAGUAGUUUAAGGAAUAAGUUCUAGAAACAAUAGAAUCCUUUAAGCACUGUAUGAGCUACGAUCACAUUAAAAACACUAAAUCCAAGAGAUUUAUAAAAUAAAACUACUCUAAAAUACUUGGAAAUGUCUGCUACAGAUAUAGCAGGCUGUCGAAAGAAAAAUUCUUUAAUAAUACAAGCUGUAGCUACAUCUUCAAGAUGGCAAUAUCUCACUUGAGGUAAUAUAUAGACGAGACCUUCAAGAAAAAUAUUAGCGUACAUUAGGAGUUGCUUUAAUAAUUCGCAGACGUUGUAGAAAAAUCAACUUUCUGA